GACUGUAUAUGUCGUUGGCCAACACUGCUCGAAACAGCUGAACGCAAGUGGGGAGCUGCUUUGUUGGGUCUCUCUCAGUGUUAUUGCGUGCAUUGAGGCUGAAUGCUUCGCAAAACGCCAAUUCCAACAACACCCCCUCCUGCGCCGUCCCGUUAUUGACGCCAAGUGACCGCCGCCGUUCAAAGAGCAACGUACGCGACUCCAACAAAGGCAACCACUUUAGUCGUUUACUGACUUUCGCCUGAGACGCAAGCCGAACGCGAUUCCUGCAUUCGCAAACAAAGCGAUUUCCAGGCCACCCACCCACCAACCUGGAUAUUGGACAAACGGCUAUGUGGAAACAAUAAAGAAUCGCCUUGUUCAUUGUUUCAAUUGUUUUCGUUGAACGGGAGGAGAAACUUCGCAUACAGGUAGACACACAAAGGCCCCGACCAGGACACAAAUGUCGCACAGAAAACAACAUUGGUCGAUAAGCAAAGCAGCAGCAGCAGCAGAAGUAGUUGCAGUCUUAUCUAUUUCCUAUUUGCGGAAAAUUCAAAUACAUGCUUUGAUAAACAAGAUAAAAAUAUCAAAAUUAGAAGACUCGUUACAGUGAAAGCACGGAUACUAUUUUGUCCCUCUGGUAGAGCUAUACACCUUAAAGGUGUGUUGAUGAAAUAGGAAUUGGUUCAUGUGGAUAUUGGCAAGCUUCUAUUGUACAUUGACAACUUUUUCUAAGAUUUCUUGAGAUGUCAGAACGUUCAGCUGAGUCGAUUAAGACAUUUGCUUCUUCCCGUCUCGGAAUCAACAAAAGCAAGAGACUCCAAAUUUCGAAGAGAGGAAACAAAAAUGUAUGUAAAGAGCGAGUGAGAGAUGCCUGAGAACGUGGAGCUGGUGAACAAAUAUGGCGAGCCGUUGCGCUAUGAUCGAAAUUUUCAGGGACCCCGACAGCGUGAUCGCAGCUGCACGGAUGUGCCCUGCCUAAUACUAUUUGUGCUCUUUCUGUGCGGCUGGGCGUUCAUAGCCCACUAUGCCAUUCGCAUGGGGGAUCUCAAUAAGCUAAUGGCGCCCACGGACAUGUAUAAUCAAAAGUGCGGCAUUGAUUCGAGCGUGCUGGAUAAAGAGUAUUUGUUCUUCUUCAAUCUGGACCAAUGCAUUGAUCCGCUGGUGCCCAUAACUGGCUGUAAAACGCCGCAAGUUUGCGUCAAAAGUUGUCCUACGCAGACGUUCGUUUGGGAUAAGAUGAAGAAUAAUAACUUUGAGGAUCUGAAAAGUCGCCUGAUUUGCAAAACAGAUGAGGACAAGGCAGCCAUUAGCUCCAAGUCGGACAUUGAGCGUGCUAUCCUGGAUAAUCGUUGUGCGCGGUAUUAUAUCAAAAGUCAGCCCUUUCUCAAGCGCUGCAUGUUUGAGUUCUCGGAUCAGGUAUGCGAAUUUCUGCCCAGCGUGCUGCUGCGCACGCGCCGCGACUCAAAAUUGCUGCUUCCCGGCAAUGCUAGCCAGGUGGAGGAGCUGCAAUUGCAGGCAAUGGCACUGACCAUGCAAACUGGGGUGCAGGCGCAGGCACGUAUGGCGCCCCAAACCGUAAGCAAGCAAGCGCCAGUGGAGGACCAGGUUGGACAGUGUCGCCGCCAGCAGCUAAACGGUGCGGUCAUUAGGGAGAAAAUGAUGCAAACGGAUACACGACUAGCCAAGAUGGUGGGCAAUCUGGUGGCACACUUUUAUAAUGGCACCCACGAUGCGCAACGGCUGGGCGAGGAAAUAGUCGAGGAUUUGGUCAAUUCCAUGACAGUGGUGCUAAUGGCGCUACUCUUCACGCUGAUUGCUUCGCUGGUCUUCAUUUCACUGAUGCGUUGGCUUGCCGCACCCAUACUCUGGUUCUCGAUCAUUGGCGUGCUCGUCGGCCUGCUGUUGGCCAUAUACUACAGCUUCAAGCAGUACAGCUUUUGGAACAAGACGCCGACUGUGCCGUUGCACGAUUUGAAUCUGCAUAAGCAAUGGCAGAAUCUGCUGCAGGAUCCAAAGAUGUGGCUCUAUUUGUCCAUUUCGGUGUGCCUCUGCUUUGUUGUCAUAUUUCUGCUGGUCAUUGUGCUGCGCAAGCGCAUCCGGAUAGCCAUUGCACUGACCAAGGAGGGUAGCAAGGCUGUCAGCAGCGUCAUCAGCACCGUUUUCUUUCCUAUCUUCUCGUGGGUGCUAUACAUUGGAGCCAUUGGCUUUGCCAUUGGGGUUGGCCUCUAUCUGGGCUCUAUUGGCCCAUUAUCGUUCCGCAUGGUGCAACGCCUAAAUGAUGCGGGCGGGGUUACCAACGAGCCGUGCGUUUGUGAGGGACUCGCUAUUAACUACACCGUGGGCGCUGCAUGUGAUCCAAAGGUAUUCCAGCAGAAUUGUCACAUCAACCAAAGGCGCGAUUCCUGCAUUCAGACCACAUGCAGCUUCGUGGAGAUUGAUAAUCCCCCGCUAGUGCGCUGGGCCAUGGGCUAUAAUGUGUUUGGAUUUCUUUGGCUGAGCUUCUUUAUAUCCGCCUUUAGCGACAUGGUGCUGGCGGCUACAUUUGCGAGAUGGUAUUGGACCUUUAAGAAGCGGGAUGUGCCCUAUUUUACGCUGACGCAUGCCUUUUGUCAAACAGCUCUUUAUCAUCUGGGCACCCUGGCCUUUGGCUCACUGAUACUGGCCAUUUGUCGGCUAAUACGUCUGGUGCUGGAGUACAUUGAUGCCAAGCUGAAGAAGUAUGAUAACACGGUCACGCGCGCUAUCCUGUGCUGCAUGCGGUGCUUCUUUUGGCUGCUGGAAACCUUCUUAAGGUUCCUCAAUAAAAACGCUUAUAUAAUGUGCGCCAUACAUGGCAAGAAUUUCUGCUCCAGUGCCAAGGAUGCGUUUAAUCUGCUUAUGCGAAAUUUUCUGCGCGUCGUAACAUUGGACAAAGUCACCGACUUCCUAUUCUUUCUCUCCAAGCUGCUGCUCACCGCUGGCGCAGGCGUGUCCACCUACUAUUUUCUGGAUAAUAAUCCGUCCGUUAUACAGCUUAACCACAAGGCCGUGCCCACAACGGUGGUUGUAAUUGGUUCUUUUCUGAUUACCAGCGUAUUCUUUGGUGUCUACUCAAUGGCCGUGGACACGCUCUUCCUUUGCUUCCUGGAGGACUGUGAGCGCAAUGAUGGCACACCGGAGAAACCUUAUUUCAUGUCCAAGCAGCUAAUGAAAAUCUUAGGAAAGAAGAAUAAGCUGCCGCAGCGCCAGCGUCGCAGCAAAUAGGAAUCCAUAGGCAAAGUCGGCUGGUCGCAAAACCAAAGCAAUAUCCCUUGAUACAUGUAAAUGACAGUGCAAAUUGUAGCCUAGACGAAGGAUGUUGAAGAUGCUUGCUUGGAAAGACAUAUACAUUACAUAUAUAUAUAUAUAUAAAUUAUAUUUAUAUAUACAUUAUAUUUAUCAUACGUUAACAUAAGCCACAGGUUGUGCGCGAAUAUUGCUCAUGCGAAAUUUAUUUAGAUGGCAACAAUUUGGGCCGGCUGCAAUAAGUAUUUACAUGCAAUGUAAAAUUAAUCAACUUAAUGCUCCAAUUUUGCCAAUAUAUAUAGUAUUUUAAUUGACAUUAUUUUUUGUAUACAUAUAAUGUAUGCAGUACUG